UACACAAACAUACAAACAUCAAGAUGGUGAAUACAUGCAUAACCCUAAUAAUACUAAGCUCAAUGAUACUAUUAGCCAUACCUUCGGUCCUUAGCCUUGACCAAGACCCGGUAGCCGUAGAACAAUGGUUCGAAAACCUGCCAAACAUGACCCCAAAGCUAACCCACCUUCACUUCUAUCUACACGACUUAGUAAGUGGCUCAGACCCCACCGUGUUCAGAGUCGCCCAAUCCAACAUCACCUCAUCCUCUCCAACCGCUUUUGGUUUCAUCGCGAUGGCUGACGACAUGCUCACCACUGGACCCGAACCCAACUCUACUGUCCUUGGUCGAGCACAAGGUAUCUAUGGUUCGGCGUGUUUAGAGGAGUCUGGCUUGCUCAUGACCAUGAACUUGGUUUUUACCGGAGCGGAUUACAAUGGUAGUACUCUCAGUCUUUUGGGGCGGAAUGCAGUGUUCCAUAGGUAUCGCGAGAUGCCAAUUGUGGGUGGUUCUGGUGUUUUUAGGAUGGCAAGGGGUGUCGCCACGGCUAAAACUUAUGAAUUUAAUCUUACCUCCGGUGAUGCAGUUGUGGAAUAUAAUGUUAUGGUUCAACAUUAUAAUUAGGCCAUGUUUUUUGGAAUAAAUUGUCGUUUAUGGAUAUGAUAUAUUCACUAAGUUUCCAUUAUUAAUCUAUUAUCUAUUUCAUUCA